AGUAAAUGCGAUAGGUAUAAUUGCUGUGCGCUGCAGCUGUUAUGUAUAGGCUUACACGGGCCAUGGAGAGUUUACCUCGUUACAACCCCAAUAUGGCUGUAAAGUGCUUGGUCAGUACGUUGACAUUCUUUUCUGUGGCAAUUUUACUUUGGCGCCCCGCCACAGCGGCAUAUGUCCGCAGCAGGAAUGGUGUGCGGAUAACCUUGGGUUCAGGUCCACGGGGACGCCUCGAGGUGUCAACCACAGGUACCUGGGGAAUGCCGGGAUAUGAAAACAAGACCUUAUGGUUCCCUGUCUGCGCCGAAGUGUUCACCGACGCUACAGCCGCGACCAUGUGUCAGCUGCUUGGUUACAAGGACGGAAGAAGAUAUGCUUCAGCAUCGGUCACUAACUCUUCAGUGAAGGGUAUUUUUUCUGCCACGAAGCUUAGCUGCAGCGACAGCCCCUACUGGCGCCGCCGCCGUGGGCUAAUGAUGAGCCGCCACCACGAGGGCGAUCCGGCCUCCACUACUGAUGGUGACAGCGCAUCGAAGCUAGCUAAUGACGGAGAGUCGAUUGAGUUGUACGGCAAUCGUCACAGCCAUCAAUCGCGCCAGCGGGUCCUCUCGUACACCUCUUUUGCCGUGGACAUCCCCGAUGAAAUCGGGCUGCAUUGCAGCUUCAUCCUGGGGGGUUGUUUGCCAAGGGGCCCCUUUGCCGGCAUCCAGUGCUCCAAUUCCUCCAUGCCGCCACUGCCGCCGUCUCCGCCGUCUCCGCCGAGUCCCUUCCCCUACCAAGAUUACGUUCAGGUGAUCGGGGGCUUUACGGCAAAGGACACGGUGGAAUCAAACCUCUGCCCGCUUGAUCCAGCGUUUUGCAAGACGUACGGUCGCUUAAUGAUGAAGGUCGCUGCACCCGGCGGUGGCGGCCAGGUGUGGGCGCCGGUCUGCGCUGUAAAGUCUUAUGCCCUUAGGGACAAAAUCGCCUGGGUGGCAUGUCAGCAGGCGAACAACUGGCCAUCACUAAUGCGAUUUCGUCCAUCCAUUGUGACUUCCCAUGUGCCGGCGUCCGGCGACUUAAUUGUACCAAGAGGAGCUGCUAUUAAUGCGACAGCUGGAGACUUCAACCCUGCGGCUUACUCGGCCUGGGUCACCAUCCUUGAUCUCCCGGGGAAUCAGACACGGAUGUUACAGGAGGGCAACCUGACGGUGUCGUCUAAACCUUGUGUCAACCUUUUCGCGCUCUAUUGCAUAGUACUUAAUGCCCGCCGGUAG